GAUUUUUCUAUCAAGAACUUUAUUGUUGCAAUUGUACAAGGUCUAUGUAAUCAAAAUUUAAGAAUAUGAGUGAUAUGCCAUCAUCAAAUGCUGGUUCUCCUACUGGUCCUUGUACUCCAACCACUCCUAGUACUCCAGAUGUCUCUAUUGGGUCUCCUAGUUGCUCAUCAACAUCUGUUCGAUUGGUCAUCUCAGUUGUAGCGGAAAAAUUCGUUCCUAAUGGUCAUUCUAUCUCGAAGAUCAUCACAGAAACGUUCAAGGAAAGACAAGAUGCUACUGGCUACUCAUGGAAGGAUGUCAGUCAAUUAACUCGUAAAUUUUAUUGGCAUGAAUUUUUGAAAUCAUAUCAGUGGAAUCCUACUGAAAAUUCUAUAAUGGAACGUACAUGGAAUAAGGUGGCAUCCACUUUAUACUCCAAGAAAAUGUAUAUUUGGCGAAAAGGUACAGUCAAACCUAAUUUUGUUUUGGAGGAUAUUUGGAGAAGUUGGAAGACGUAUUGGGCCUCUGAUGAAUGGAUGGAUAAAUCUCGUAUCGCCACUCGAAAUCGAUGUAGUGAGACUGGUGGACUAGGCACUGGUCCAAGCAAGCAUACCGGUGGUUCUAGAUCAACAGUGGAGCAUACUAUAAAAUUGGAUAAAAUGGAGGUUGUCUUAGCUGCUGCUAUUUCUAGCUCCUCAGAUGAUUCACAAGAAGUUCAAGAACUUGAUAUAAAUCACUUAUACUUUGAUGUUGUGGGUGGAGAAAAAAAACGACGUGUGUAUGGUUUAGGCUCUCAAGGUUUGGCGUUGUAUCAAGAUCAAAAUUCUGUCACUUCGCGCAAUUUACAUGCGGUGUCUGAUGACGUUGCUGAAGAGCGCAUUAAACUACUUGAGGGAGAAGUGUUGCAUAUGAGAGAAAAUCAAGAGAGAAUUCUUCAAGAACGUUUAGAGGCAGAGGUGCAACAACGAGUAGAGCACGAGGUCUCGCGUUUGAGGCAACAAAGUGAUGAUCGAUUCAAGUCUAUGGAGGAACGAUGGUCUCGCAUGAUGAGCGAGAUGGCGUUAUCCUCACGCUCAUCUAGUAAUCCUUCUCCUUAA